CUUGGCUGGCGUCGGUGAUGGUUUCACUGCUCCAAGACCAAUCUAGCAUUACCUUUUCGCCUUCGGAUUCUCUGGACAGCAACCCACACGGCAACCGGAUGCAGACCCAUGACAAUUCGGGGUCCCCCAUCCAGCAGGAGACCCCGGGCUUCUGCUGCCCAUCGUAUGAUGGCGAGGCCCGGACCGAGAGGACACACUCGGAGUCCUCCCCGAGCUCCAGCAGCUCCUCCCCGCCCCCUGAACACAUCUACGGGAGGUUCUCCGCUGGCCAAGGUGCCCCGGCUGAGCAGGAAGCCUUCAAGGUCCCUUCUGGCGCCGCUGAGAAGUUCAGGCACUACAGCUAUGAGGAGAGCGCGGCCGGCACCUGUGGCCGGUUCAAGAGCUCCCUCCGCAACACCCCUUUCCACCCUUACAAGAGGCAGUUCCUUGAGGAGACCUUCCCAGAAGCUCAGCAGGCCCUGGCCAUGGAUGGACACCUGUUCAAGGCAGCCAGCAUGGAGGGCUUUGAGGAGAUGUGUGGGCCCACCAUGACCAGGGAGGCGGAGAUGUAUCUGGCACACCUUCCCAGCCUCUCCUCCGAGCCGGCCUGGUGCAACGGCCUGCAGUAUGCCAACCCUGGGCAGGAACAUCACCCCCAGGCUAUGGAAACAGAGGUCAAGCUGAAGACCCCACCGUUGGAGGAACAGACCAGCCCCUACUGCUACCAACCUCAGGCCCCCCAGAUGUAUUGCCCCUCUCAUCCUUUCCACCAGUAUCCUGCAGGGAACAGCUACCCGUUCUCCUACAUCUCCAGCUCGCAGUACCCCUACCAACGCAUCGCCCCGCAGAGCAGCCAGGAGCACCACCAGCCCCUGUUCCCUAAGCCCAUCUACUCCUAUAGCAUCCUCAUAUUUAUGGCGCUCAAGAACAGCAAAACUGGCAGCCUCCCGGUCAGCGAGAUUUACAAUUUCAUGACGGAACACUUCCCUUAUUUCAAGACAGCUCCAGACGGUUGGAAGAAUUCGGUCCGCCACAACCUAUCCCUGAACAAAUGCUUCGAGAAAGUGGAGAAUAAGUCGGGCAGCUCCUCCAGGAAAGGCUGUUUGUGGGCGCUGAACCCGGCCAAGGUGGACAAGAUGCAGGAGGAGCUGCAGAAGUGGAAGAGGAAAGACCCCAUCGCGGUCCGGAAAAGCAUGGCCAAGCCAGAGGAACUGGACAACCUGAUAGGGGACAAGACGGACAAGCUGAGGUCUACCCUUCUGGCCUGCAGCCCCACCAGCGGCUUGGCGAGUCCUCCCACCUCCCGGGGGCUGCCGCUCCAGCAUCACCCCCUGUGUGAGCCCCCCAUCUCUUCCUCCGGUGCCCCCCACGCCCAUGGGGCCCUCCCCUCCAAGCCCCCGCAGCCUGGCAUGCUGGGGGCCCCACAGACUUCCUGUUACGGGGUCCCUCCCCAAGGGUUUUCCCAGGUCUCGUCCACUUUCCUGCAGCCGGACGGCUCUCAAAGCCUUCUCCCUCCCGCAGACGCCCAGAACGGACACCAGGGCCAAGACUCCCCACCGGGGGGCGCCCAGGCCCCUCCGGGACGUGGGAUGAAGAUGCUGGCCAUGGCACGGGCCGCCGUGCAGGAGGUGCCCAUGGCAGAAGGUGACCUCAGCCACGACGUGGACGCCCUGAACCCUUCGCUCACUGACUUCGAGCUCCAAGGAAACCUCUGGGAGGAACUGAAGGACGACAGCCUGGCCAGCGACCCCCUAGUGCUCAUCGCCUCCUCCUCUUCCUCCUCCUCCUCCUCCUCAGCGCCCGGUCCCUGCUUCUCGACCCUGUGCCAGAUGGAUGACGACAACAGUGGGAAGUUCGGUGCACACGGUGACACUCAGCACCACAGCUUCCCUGAGAUCCACCUCACCACCCUCUACUCUGCCUUCAUGGACCUGGAGACGGGAUCGCCUUCCUUCUUGAACAACUCCGGCUCCAAACCGGUGGCUUUGGUCUAGGCCACCAGGCCAAACAUCGCCCGUGCCAAUGUUGGGUGUGGAAGCCCAACCCAAGUCCGCCACUGAUGCUCAGCAAGGAAACAAAACUCACUGCUUCUGGACCCAGACUGCAGAAACCCGAGGCGUGCCCAAGUGCCGUGGUGCAAAUAUGUAGAUAUGCACAGAACCUUAGAAUUGUAGAUUCAGGAGGGACCCCCAAAGGUCAUUCAGUCCAACCCCCUGCAAUGCAGGAAUUGCAACUAAAGAACCCCUGACAGAUGGCUGUCCCACCUCUGCUGAAAAACCUCCAAGGGAGUCCAUUUCUCCAUUGAACAGCUCUUAUGGUCAGAAAGUUAUUCCUGAUGUUUCGCUACACUCUCCUUUCUUAGCAAUUGAAUCCAUUGCUUUGGGUUCUCCCUUCAGGAGCAGCAGAAAACAAGCCAGUUCCAUCUUUUCAAAACCCAGAUUGUCGUAGGCCCCUGGAACGGCGAACCACAGAGAUCUGUUAAGACCAUGCUGGCGUCAAGCCAGCGUUCCUGGAGAAAACCUUGCCGAGGCUCGCAGGGAAGAAGUCAGGUGCCAAGCAAACUCCCGUUCCCCUUGAUUUUCAAAGCCCGUCUCUUUUCAAAUACCCCUCAGCCUGCAACAUUCUGCUCAGCAACCACAAACUUCAAUGCCCUUUUGGAAGUAGGUUUGGGGGCCUCGAGGGUGCUGUACAGAGGCUGUGGCAGGGUUAGAAAAAUAUAUAUGUGGAUGAAGUCUCUAACCCAGUGGGCCGCCGCCACCACCCGCGGCUCCAUAAAUUCAUCCCUGGUGCCCCAUGCCCUAUCCUCCCUUAUCAAAAGUUUUAUUCUGAAGAGGGUGACCUACUACAGAAGGCAAUACAGUCGUACCUUCGAUCCCGAACGCCCUGGAACUCAGACAUUUUGGCUCCCCAACCCCGCAAACCCGGAAGUGAUUGUUCCAGUUUGCAAACGUUCUUUGGGAACUUGAACGUCUGACGGGGCUUCCGAUUGACUGCAGGAGCUUCCUUCAUCCAAUCAGAAGCCGCAAUUUGGUUUUGGAACAUUUUGGAAGUUGAACAGACUUCUGGAACGGAUUCCGUUUGAUUUCCAAGGUACGACUGUAACCCAAUAGAAUUCAAGACAGCCACAAUUAACUAUGCAUUUAUUCCAAAUCAACUUAAGGCUAUUUAGCUUAAUUCAAUAAAAUGGAUCAACGUAGUCAUAGAAUUGUAGAGUUGGCAAGGACCCCAAAGGGCAUCUAGCAGGAAUCACAGUUUGAUAAUCUGACAGGUGGAUAUCCAACCUCUCUUUAAAAACAGAGAACCUGCCGCCUUCGGCGGUCAUCUGCCAAGGUCAGGCGUAAGCCUCCUUGAUGUCAGUGUAGCUUAUUUCUGAAUGGGCUCAUCCUGGAUUGCACUACAAAUCCCCCACAAGAAAACACACGCCUUGUUCGUUUCAAUAAAACAGUGAACCUGCUCA